AUGGUUGAAAUGAAAAAUCACAUCGAAGAAUAUGAUGAUAAAUUAUCUACAGCAGAAGCCUCUGAGCCAGACAAAUCACAACUCAAUAAUGGACGAGUAAAACAAAUAUGUCAACAAUUUCUAACGGGAUCCGAUUACGGUCUGGCAUAUCGUUUACAACAAGAUGAAUUUUCUGUUCAUUUUGAUCGUAAUCGUACUCAACGUCGUGAUUGUCGACUAGGUGUUUGCACUGCAAAAGAGGUUCAACAAGAAGAAGAAAAAGCACAUGUGGCAAAACAAUUAGAUUUUAAUAAAGGAAAACGGAUAAUAGAAGAGAAUGAUGCUGAACUGGCAAAGCAUUUACAAAAUGAGGCGAUGAAAAAAACUGCUAAGCAUACUUUAUUAACGAGUAAUAAUGAACACAAUUUAAAACAACAGAAUUUAAAUGAACAAUUAUAUGAGACUAUAGACGAGAAUAAUGAUAUAAUGAAUGAUGAACAAUUAGCUCGACUAUUACAAGAAGAAGAAUUUGCAUUAAAUAGAACUAGUUAUUAA